GAUACUACAAAGUAAAUGCGCGCUCGCUGUGUCGCUCACGUUAGACGAGCUGAGUUGGAGCGUCAUGGCGGAGCGCAGGAGAUACAAGAAACGGAUCCAGGAAGUGAGUGAACUCACCAAGGAGGAGAAGGCAGCAGCCAAGUACCUCCGCUUCAACUGCCCCACCAAGUCCACCAACAUGAUGGGUCACAGGGUUGACUACUUUGUUGCCUCAAAAGCAGUGGACUGUCUGCUGGACUCUAAGUGGGCCAAGGCUAAGAAAGGAGAGGAUGCUCUGUUCACUACCAGGGAGUCUGUGGUCGAUUACUGCAACAGACUUCUAAAGAGGCAGUUCUUUCACCGAGCUCUUAAAGUGAUGAAGAAAAAACCUGAGAAAGACACAAAGAAAGAAAAGGAGAAAGAGAAGGAAAAAGAGAAGGAGAAACCCAAGAGUGACAGCAGCAAAGAGGAGGAAAAGAAGAGCAAGAAGGAGAAGGAGAAAGAGAAGAAGAAGGAGUCUGAGGCUGUGGAAACUAAGAAAGACAAAAGUGAUGACAGUCCUGAAACCCCAAAGAAGAAGAAAGAGGUGAAGAAAAAGUUCAAACUGGAGCCUCAUGAAGAUCAGCUGUUCUUGGACGGGAACGAGGUUUACGUGUGGAUUUAUGAUCCUGUUCAUUUCAAGACAUUUGCCAUGGGACUGAUCCUGGUCAUCGCCGUCAUUGCAGCCACACUGUUCCCUCUGUGGCCAGCAGAAAUGCGUGUGGGAGUUUACUACUUGAGUGUGGCAGCAGGCUGCUUCGUGGCCAGUAUACUGCUUCUAGCUGUUGCCCGCUGCAUCCUCUUCCUAAUCAUCUGGGUGGUCACUGGAGGGCGCCACCACUUCUGGUUCCUUCCCAACCUGACAGCAGAUGUGGGUUUCAUCGACUCAUUCCGGCCACUUUACACGCACGAGUACAAAGGACCACGGGCCAGCAGCAAGAAGAGCUCGGACAAAACGGAGGAGAAGGACGGCUCCACGUCUACCAAGGCUCAGAAAUCAGACAGUGAGGAGAAGUCAGACAGCGAGAAAAAAGACGGAGACGAGGAGGACGAAGAGGAGGAGGAGGAGAGCAAAGAGGCAGGGCUGGUGGAGAGUAGAGACGCAGAAGUGGAGGGGACAGGGACGGACCGGCAGUCGGACACAGACAGCGACAGACGUGAGGACGAGGGAUCACAGCACAGCAAUGGAAACGACUUUGAGAUGAUCACCAGAGAAGAGCUGGAGCAGCACACAGAAGAAGAAGAAGAAGAAGAGGAGGAGGAGGAGGAGGAGGAGGAAGAGCAAGAGGAUGUGGUUCCCUUCACUGACAGGAAAGAAGACAAAGGUUGUGAGACUAAACCUCAGACUGUUGAAACAUAA